UUUCCCGGAUGUGUUGUGACUAGAGUGGUGAAGAUGUCUCGCUUGCUGUCACCCACUCAACAAAAAAUAGCUGAGAAAUUAACUAUACUUAAUGACAGGUGUACUGGAAUACUAACGAGGAUAUACAACAUCAAGAAGGCAUGUGGUGAUGCUAAAUCCAAACCAGCAUUUCUGUCUGACAAAAGUUUAGAAUCAUGCAUCAAACACAUCAUCAGGAAGUUUCCCAACAUAGACAGCAAAUCACUUCAAGCACUGACCAUCGUACGGACAGAUAUCAUGAAGUCACUGUCCCUUUAUUACUACACCUUUGUAGAUCUCCUGGAUCUGAAGGACCACAUUUCAGAGCUCCUCACAGUAAUGGAUGCACUUGGAAUGUCAGAAUCAUUGGAUAUUAAUGUAAGCUUUGAGUUAACCAAAGGCUAUCUUGACCUGGUAACCAAUUAUGUGACGUUAAUGAUCCUGCUGUCUCGUGUGGAAGACCGCAAGGCUGUGCUGGGUCUGUUUAAUGCUGCCCAUGAAAUGGUCAACAACCAAGGGGACCCAAGCUUUCCUCGUCUUGGCCAAAUGAUCAUGGAUUAUGAAACACCUUUAAAGAAGCUAAAUGAGGAGUUCAACCCACAUGCGAAACUGCUGUCUGUGGCUCUCAGCUCACUGUGGAUCCUGUAUGGUCGUAGGAAUUUGCGAGCUGAUCAGUGGAGAGCGGCACAAAUGCUGAGUUUAGUGAGCACGUCAAGUCAGCUGCUCAACCCAGCACAGACUGAUGUAAUGCCAUGUGAGUACCUGUCACUGGAUGCCAUGGAGCGCUGGAUCAUCCUUGGCUACAUGCUGAUACCACAGACCCUUCAAAGAUCACAAGCCUUGGAGUGCUGGACACAGGCACUGCAGACUGGCUGGGUUAUUACUCUGUUCAGAGACGAAGUGUUACAUCCACAUUCAUAUGUCCAAUCAUUCCUUGAAACCAAGAAGGAGCUAAGUAAAAGGAUAUCAGAUGUGAAAGAAAGCUACUCCCAAGCUGUUACACAUGCGCCGCUGAUGCACCGUGAACGUCGCAAGUAUCUCCGCACUGCCAUGAAGGAAUUGGCCCUCAUCCUUACUGACCAGCCAGGAUUGCUGGGACCGAAGGCUCUUUUUGUCUUUAUGGGUCUCAGUUUUUCCAGAGAUGAAGUUUUGUGGCUUCUUCGUCACCAUGAAAACCCACCAUUGCACAAAGUGAAGGGAAAAAAUGCAGAUGACCUUGUUGAUCGUCAGCUGCCUGAGCUGCUCUUCCACAUGGAAGAACUCAGGGCUCUAAUCAAGAAAUACUCUCAGGUAUUGCAACGAUACUACACACAGUACCUGUGUGGCUAUGAUGCUAUUGCCCUCAACCAGUUGAUACAAGAACAACAGGGGCUCCCAGAGGAGGAAUCAGUCAUUUUGACUUCAAUGUGCAAUGAAAUUGGAAAUCUAUCUGUUAAACAAGCAGAGGAAGGGACACCCUUUGAUUUCCGAGGCAUCCGGCUUGAUUGGUUCAGGCUGCAGGCAUACUCGACUUCCAACCGACCGGGAUUGAACCUUAAGGACAAACGGGAAUUGGCAGCACUAAUCAAUCAGAUCAUCUUCCACACCAAGGUGGUGGAUUAUCUUGAUGAGAUGCUCAUAGAAACUUCAGAUCUCUCCAUUUUUUGCUUCUUCAGUAAACAGUUUGAGGAGAACUUCCACAUGUGCCUAGAGUUCCCUGGCCAGAACCGUUACAUCAUCUCAUUUCCUUUGAUAUGUUCACACAUGCAAGCAUGCACACAUGAAAUUUGUCCAGAGGAGCGUUAUCACAUUCGAGAACGAAGCUUGUCUGUGGUCAACAUGUUCCUUGAGGAGAUGGCAAAAGAAGCUAAAAACAUCAUAACUGCAAUAUGUGAUGAACAGUGCAUACUGUCAGAUAAGCUUCUUCCAAAACACACAGUUCCUCUUCUUGAACAAAAAAAGAAAGAAAAAAAGAAGAAAAAAGAAGAUGCCACUCAGGAACGGCCAGGAUUUGAGAGCCACAGGAAGACCAGAGAAGAUCUGACCACGAUGGACAAACUUCACAUGGCAUUGACAGAGUUAUGUUUUGCAAUAAAUUACUCCAGCCAAGUUCAGGUUUGGGAGUACACUUUUGCUCCCCGUGAAUAUCUUUACCAGCACUUGGAACAAAGGUUUUCUCGAGCCUUGGUGGGCAUGGUCAUGUAUAAUCCUGAAACCAAUGAGAUUGCCAAGCCUUCCGAGUUGUUAGCUAGUGUGAAGACAUACAUGAGUGUUUUGCAGACUGUUGAAUAUUAUGUGCACAUAGACAUUACAAGAGUGUUCAACAAUGUGUUGCUACAACAGACUCAACUUCAGGACAGCAAUGGAGAGAAGACCAUCACUGCUCACUACAAUUCAUGGUAUUCAGAAAUCCUGCUGCGUCGUGUCAGUGCUGGGCACAUUGUUUUCUCCAAGAACCAGCGUGCUUUUGUCUCUCUGACUACUGAGGGAGCCCAGCCAUUUGCUGCUGAAGAAUUCUCUGACAUAAAUGAACUUAGAGCACUGGCAGAAUUGAUUGGACCCUAUGGAAUGAAAGCAUUGAAUGAAAAUUUGAUGUGGCAUAUUGCAAACCAAGUGCAAGAAUUAAAGAAACUUGUGGUGGUUAACAAGGAUGUUUUGCUCUCUAUGAGAACAAAUUUUGACAAACCUGACCAAAUGAAGGAAUUGUUCAAGAAACUCCAGCAGGUGGAUAAUGUCUUAACCAGAAUGCAGAUAAUUGGUGUCAUCCUGUGCUUCCGACAGUUAGCCCAAGAAGCACUUACAGAUGUUCUGGAUAACCGGAUUCCAUACUUGAUGUCAUCCAUAGCAGACUUCAAGCACCAUGUACCUAAUGGAGACACCAUGAUUGAGAACAUUAAGCUCCAGCUUGUGAAUGAAUUGUCAUCAGCUGCUGGACACCCUUGUGAUGUUGACCCUGCACUUGUCAAUGUACUGAGAUCACACAAAAAUGAAGUACCAGAAGAAGAAUUUAUCAUCACAUGUUUGUUGAUGGUGUUUGUUGCUGUAUCCAUUCCCAAGCUGGCACGGUAUGAUAAUACGGUUUACAAGCCAGCAUACGCAGCACAUGCCAACAACUCUCACUGCCUGGCUCAGGCUGUCAACACACUAUUUGCUGCUCUCUUCACAUACUGUGGACGUGCCCAAGAUAUUGAAGAAAGGCUCAAGGAGUUUCUGGCCCUUGCAUCAUCCAGCCUCCUCCGCUUAGGCCGAGAAAAUGACAAAGAUGUUAUUAAGAAUAGAGAUGCUACCUACAUUUUGCUUCAUCAAAUUGUUGUUGAGUCACCCUUCCUGACGAUGGAUCUUUUAGAGGCUUGCUUCCCAUAUGCACUCAUCCGUAAUGCCUACCACACGGUUCAUAAGUCUGAAUACUGAGGCAAGAUUCUUCAGCCCACUGCAGCAUGAGCAAUUCUAAUCCACCAUACUUCAGCAGUGAGAGAACAAUGAACAUUAUGCUCACUACAGAUAUUGCUAAGACUUAGUUUUAGAUAUACAUAUAUGUUUUGAGAAGUCUUUUUCAACAACAAAUGUGAUGUGGUAUAUUUAAGGUUAUGCAGUAAGAUUUUUGUAAUUCUUUUUAUGAAAUGAUAUUUAGCAUUCAUCAUUCCUAUUCUUCAGUUUGGGUGAGUUGUUUAACAGUAUUAUACAUGGAUUGUUUGAAUUUUGUGGAUAUUACAGAAAAAUUUUUACAACAGACUUUCAUAUUUUUAACAAUUGCUUUAAUAUGACAUUUAUCUCUCACUUUCCUCUCACUUUCACAGUUUUAUCAUUAGUUAUGAAGUCAAUCACAUACUACUAAUCUCAACAAUGUGGUCCUGCAUCUUUAUUUAUUUAUUUAUACCAUGUCGGCUUUUCACGGGAAUUUAUGGGCUAAAGGGGAUACUUUUUUUGGGUACCUCCUAUCUCAAAGCCCACCCGCUAGGAAACCGCUGCCCCAAGUGAGGAAGCCCAACCUACACUCGGACCGUGGACAGGAUUUGAACCCGUGCGCUUGGAGACCCCUCGGACCCCAAAGCACGCAUGGUUCCACUGUACCACGGCAGCCCUUUAUUUUAUUGUGCUUUUUUGAGGUAUUUUGGCAAUAGAAACUAUAGUUUAGUGAAUUUCAUGUGCAAAGGUUUACAUACAGAUGAAAAAGAAAAAGCUUUUCUCCUAUGAUUAACAAAAACUAUAUUGUGUUGGUAUGUCAUGUCACUGGUGUUGUAACAUUUAUAAUGUGUUAUGAAUUCACAGUUCAUCUGUAAGGAUGAAUAUAUUUUCUUCCACUGAAAUAUCCAUUUCUUAGUGACAGUGAAAAUAAGCAAAUGGAAAGCUGAAGUUGUCAGAUGUAAAAUGUAACUGUCUUCAUUACUCGUACUUCCAAGCCAGUACAGCAACACCUGCAAGUUAAAAGCUCACAUACUACUAUUACUCCUAAGUAAAACCACCCUACAAGUUAGAUCACUAUUUUUACUUUUUAAUGUAAAUGCCAUAAAAGAAUAAUGUAAUUGAUUAAAAACAUAGCAUGCAUAUAAUAAGUCAUGGAACUUAAUUUCACAAGUGUGCCAAGAUAUGGGCUGGAUAGUCAUGGUAAUGUGUAGCCAGAAUCUGUGAACUAGAUAGCCAAUAACUGAGAUUGUGUAUGAGCUAAGUGGUCAUAGAGUGUGCUUAUCUGGCUCAAUUAUUGAUCAGAUUGAGGAAUGUCUUUGCUGACUAAUCAGAUAUCUGUACACUUGACAAAAGUUGAAUUCUGGAGCACUGAUACAAAAAAUUUUAUGUAGCCCAAAUUCAAUGAAACUUGUAAUGGGGGUGAGUGUGCAUUCAUAGCUUGAUAUAGCGAUUGGUUGCUUGGCUCAAUUUUCCACACCAAUCCAGAACAUCGUAUCUACCUUUAGGUGAAGAUCAUGUUUGAGAUCAAAUUUUCAGCCAACAUCUUUCCUUUAAAUACCCAGUGGGAUCUAUAUUAGUAGGGAUGUGUUUGCAAAACCUUUCCAUUUCAUCUUUCAAAACAAGAUUCAAGUAUUUUCAAGUAUUGUAUGAGGUGGUAUCAGAAAGUUACCUCACAAUAAAUUCCUUAAUUCUCCAAUAGUUGUGCAUCUCCUGCUUUAAUUUCAUCUUCAUCUUCAGGAAUAGAUAAGAAAUUGCAUGGGAUACAUGGAUAAUGACAGCAAUCUCCUCACUGGAACUCUGAUGAUCUUCAUGCACAAGUUGCUGAAAUGUUUCUACAAUUUCAGAGUUUGUCCUCUUUCAAUGAUGUUCUGCCUCUCAAAGCAUUCUUGUAACUCGAAACAUCUUAUAUUAGAUUUUCCAUUGCUUCAAUUCUAUAUAUCUGGGAAAUCAUAUCAAAAGUUUUUUGCAUUCGAUACAGAAUUUGAUGUUCACUCCUGAACAAGUUUGCAGUCCAUGAUGAAAUUACAAAUGAGCCUUUGUAUUUGGUGCAGGUUGCAAGUUCAAAGAUAAUGCUGGUCAACAGACUGUUCAGUUAUUUUUUACUGAUUAACCCCACAGCAGAUGCUUUUUGCUGAAAUCUGUUGACUUGCUCUGGAACUAUCUCAGAACUCUUUGAUACUACUUCAUAAUGCUAUAUAUUAAAGGUUUAACUUAAAUGUAAGAAGUUGCCUUAAUGUGCAAUGGGUUACUGUAAUUUUUUGUACCGUAUCAUUACUGUUGUAGCAUGUGAUGCUUCUGAAAAUUAUGUACAGUAUUGAAUCCCUAUGUUUGGGUUCUUUCUGUCUUUUUCCUUACUAAGCCACAAUACCCGACCAAAGGGGAUAGCUGAGAUAAGACAUACACAUGUAUGAUCAUGACCACUUACUCACAAGCUCUAAUACAGAAUUUGUGUGUUAAUUAUCUAAAUGGAGAAGAUACAUAAAGAAUUGUAAAAAAGAAAUUAAUGCUGCAUGUACUGCUAAGAACAUAGUACUGCAUUCAUGUAGGAAUUAGAGCUCUUGAAGUACCUGUUUAUUGAACAAUGCCUCUAAUUCAACAAAUUCUCUCUCCAAUUUCUGCAUCUUUUAAUGUAUAAAGUUUGAACUUAUAAAGUAAUAAUGUGCCUGAAGUUUAAGGCAUGUCAAAUGUUGACUUAUACUGUACAUGUAAUUCAUAUCACAUUGAAAACUAAUCUUGAAUGUAUUUUGAUUUUUUGUAUUGGAAUGGGUUUAUGCACAUACUGCUUAUCAGUACAAACAUUGUUUUGAUUAUUCUUUAGUUUUUAAUUAGUAUUGUGUGUGCCUUUCUAAGAUUGUGUUGUUUAGUUUAUAAUCCAAGAUCAAAAUAUGAAUGUGAUUUUUUUAAAAGAGUAUGAUUUCAAUAAACCAUAUUUUGUCAGUAGUCUGUUUUGUGGUCAGAUUUAUUUUACAUACUUUUCAUCAUUAAAUUUAUGAAAUGAGCUUAGUCUGUAUGAGGUGUUGAGCCAAAAGUCAGUUUAUAAUGAAAUAACACUUGUGAAAUUUCAGCCUCUUUUACUGCUUUGGUUAUCUUUUCUGUUAACAUUCUGAGCACUGUAAAAAGAUAAUUUGCAUAUGUACACAGAAAAGGAAAACAUUUUGUCUUCUUCAUAUUAUGAAACUGUUUAAGACCCUGUCACAGAAAAAAGAUCCCUUAAAAAUUUGAAGUGGGUAUGGAGAAAUAUUUGUCCAGAAGUUAAUGGGUUAAAGUCCUAUAAAUGAAGACAUUUGCCCCUUUGGCUGUAAACAUCUUAUAUUCCAUUCUGAUUCCAUACAGAAUGUACAAGGCUGACCACAUGCCUGUACAAUAUGUGGUAGACUAAGAGGUAUACAUUUACAACCAGUGCAGCAGGAGUGUCAUAGACCAACUGGACAUUUAGUGCCACUCCUUCAAGAGUACUAGUGUGGUAUACACAUACCUUACUCCCUUAUCUGACCAUUUUUAUUCCCUGAUGUGUCUAUAUAGAAAUUUUGUAACUGGUUAUCUUUGUAGAUGUAUUAAUCAUACAUGAACAGAUUAUUUCACAGACUGUAUCUUAUUUUAGUUUUUAUGUAACAAUAAAUAGCUUUUAUAUCUUUAUGCAUUCUAGCAAUCUUGACAUGAGAAUAUGAAUGGUAUAUUUUUUUUCUUUCUUUUCUUUUUAUCAAUUCUAUAUUGAAGAUUAAUCUUGUGUCCACUGGAGGCCUUUAGGCUGAGGUGUGACAAUGCUUGUGAAUGUCAAUGUACUCAGUUGCAUGUACUAAACACACAUAUCCUGUCUCAAGUACCCAUCUUUAAAGGGAGCAUCUCCUUGUUAAAGUGUAUAGGAAGAUCCUUAUCAUAUGUCAGGUACCAAGCUGUUAGGAACAAGCACAGUGUUUUUUUUUUUUUUUUUUUUUUCCUCCACAGGGGAGAUAUCUUUCUGCAUAGGUUGGCUUCUGUUAAUUGCAGUAUCCAAUUGUUAAAGUUGCUUCAUGAUCAUCACCAUCAUCAUCUGUAUUAUCACUAUUAUUAUUAUAACUGCAAUUUGACCCCCCACACACACACACUUCUCCAACAGCAGAGAUACACAUACGCACAUCCUGUAAGGGAAGGAAAAGUUCAGCAUAUUGUGAGCAGUUCAUUCAGUAACACCAUGUAUUCAUUCAGCUACUGUUAGGUUCUUAAAUCUGUGUCAUAAUUUUUAGCUAGUUCUGUAACUUAUUUGAAUGCACAUCAUGAAUUUAACAAUGCACUCAUUAGUCAUUACUGAAUAUUCCUUAAAUUUGAAAGCAAUUCAGGUUAUGUGUGCUUCUAUUUCCAUAAGGUUCUUCUUUGGUAAUCCUUGUGUUAGGGACAACUUGUGAAUAUCAGUGUCAUACAAAACAAAUAAAGUGACAUAUGUUA